ACCAUGUGUGGAGACAUGACCAAGUGUUUUAUGCACGUGUUCAACGUGCUGUUCCUGCCGAUUGGCCUGGGUCUGACAGGCUUGGGAAUAUGGCUACGUCUUUACGAAUAUAUCGACGACUCCGACAACUUCAACGCCUUGCAUGCUGGUUCCUACGUCUUCAUCGGUGUUGGGGCUGUCAUCAUCCUGUUGGCCAUUAUUGGAAUCUGUGGAACAAUCAGAAGGAGCCAGUGCCUCCUGGUCGUGUUCUUCAUAGGUCUGUUUAUCAUCACAACCAUUCUGUUAGCAAUAGGAGUGGUCGUCUUGACGCAGAUGGAUGUGGUGAAAGAAUCUUUCGGUGAUUACCUGAUGACCAGGGUGAAGGACAAUAGUGAAGAGUCGAGGACGUACAUGAACAAUUUCCAGAAUACGUUUAAUUGCUGUGGAGCUAAAACCGGCGUUUCUGAUUAUGUACUGAGCAUCGUGAACCUCGACAGUCAGUGCAAACUAGCGAAUUAUGUGACGCCUUGUGCGGACGCGUUUUUCAAAACCCUGUCGCCUAACCUCAAGGUGACUGCCGGGAUUUCCUUUGGUGCUGCUUUCAUCAUGAUUCUAGGAAUGGUUUUGUCAAUGUGCUUCUGCUGUGCUAUCAGGAAGAGUAGCUGAGAGGCACACAGCAAGAGGCAGACAUAGGCAGCAAAGUUAUGAAUCCUGGCAUUGGACUUAGAGAUAGUUUAACCCUCUUUUAGAAAAACAAGGAAUAGCGCAAUAAGCAGUAUUUCUACAAGAGUGAACGAGGAAGAGUACAAAACAUUUGCAAUAAUUGUUGAGGAAUACUUAAAGAUUCUGUAUAUUUUUUUGUAAACAAUUCAAUGAAUUUCGAAACCUAUUUUUACUAUUUACCUAGGUAUAGUGAUUUGCCUUGGUACAUGAAAGAAGAACGUCGGUAAAGCUGACCUGUAUCGCCAACAGGGAGAGGAUUCCUAGGAGGUGUUGUCGUUAGUGUUUGCUUUUUAUCGAGGAAUUGGUUGGAAACUCCUCUCGAUUUUGACUGGUGAAACUGGGGUAUCAAAUCUCAAUAAUGAAACUCUGAUUGAAACGACUGCAAUCUCAUACAAAAUUAUCUUUUUCCUCGUCGCUGAUGGUAGACAUAUGUAUUUAAUUAUAUGAGCAGAGAAAGCGUGAAAAGUGGCGUUGAGCAAUAGUCAAUGUAUGACUGAGAAUACAUUUAAAACAGGAUAGAAAUCCAUUGUAAAUGUAUUUCAACUUUUAGCAACAACCAAGAGAGAUGUGCUCUUUUCUGAACCAGACUGUGAUGUCACGACGUUUACGUCACAAAGAGCG